UAUUCCGCUUCAGCACCCGCCCAGAAAUCCCCACACUGCGCAUGCGCGGCUAAAGCGCGCUACCGCAGACAGGGGGCGUUAACAUGGCGCUGUCUCCUCUACGACCGCACUGACUGCAACCUGCCAAUGAGAGAGAGAGCGAGAGAGGAGAGACAGAAAGAGGAGAGAAAGCGAGAGAAGCGUAGGUUUCCAUUCCUGUCAAGCUUCCAUCAUUUUUUUCUCCUACACCUAUGAGUCCCUACACAUUUUCAGGUGGAUAGGGUGAAUUUCCAGAGUUUUUCAAACGCCGCUCCCCCUUGUUUCACCUGCGCAGUGGAUGGUUUUUGUUCGGCGGCAGCAGCAGACGCCCGAGCUUGUAGAGCAGGUGUGAGGGACAGCGGCGACCGCUCCUCUCCUCCCUGUUUCCGAGGGGAAAUGUCGAGCGAGAAGCCGGUUUCAGCACCACCGGGCUCUGCUUCUUCGCUCACGGACACGGACCGAGAGUCCCAUCCUCCGGCGGGCUCCUCCACGCAGCAGCCGCCGCCACCGCAGCAGCAGGUCGCCGCGGGCUCUGGCUCCGGCACCACCGGGGAAAGGAUGGUGUCUGCAGCCGGCUCUAUGGUCCUCCCGGCUGGGGUGAUCAACCCCGCUGUUCCGAUAAGGAAUAUCCAGAUGAAAUUUGCCGUGCUGGUGGGCCUGAUCCAGGUCGGGGAGGUUAGCAACAGGGACAUCGUGGAGACGGUGCUGAACCUGCUGGUGGGCGGCGAGUUUGACCUGGAGAUGAACUUCAUCAUCCAGGAGGCGGAGAGCAUUGGCUGCAUGGUGGAGCUGCUUUCCCACUGCGAGGUGACGUGCCAGGCGGAGAUCUGGAGCAUGUUCACAGCCAUACUCCGCAAGAGUGUGCGCAACCUGCAGACCAGCACCGAGGUUGGCCUCAUCCAGCAGGUGUUGCUGAAGAUGAGCACUGUGGACGACAUGAUUGCAGACCUUCUGGUGGACAUGCUGGGAGUCAUGGCCAGCUACAGCAUCACAGUCAAGGAGUUGAAGCUGCUCUUUAGUAUGCUGAGGGGCGAAAACGGCAUCUGGCCAAGACACGCUAUCAAGCUGUUGUCAGUGUUGAACCAAAUGCCACAGAGACACGGCCCGGACACCUUUUUCAACUUUCCAGGCCGGAGUGCAGCGGCUAUAGCUUUACCACCAAUUGCCAAAUGGCCAUACCAGAACGGAUUCACUAUCAACACUUGGUUCAGGCAGGAUCCACUCAACAACAUCAAUGUGGAUAAAGACAAGCCGUACCUCUACUGUUUUCGCACCAGUAAAGGAAUCGGUUACUCCGCGCACUUUGUGGGAAACUGCCUCAUUGUGACAUCGUUGAAGUCGAAAGGAAAAGGCUUUCAGCACUGCGUGAAAUAUGAUUUCCAGCCCCGCAAGUGGUAUAUGAUCAGCAUCGUCCACAUCUACAACCGCUGGAGGAACUCCGAGAUCCGUUGCUAUGUGAACGGUCAGCUGGUCUCCUAUGGUGAUAUGGCCUGGCACGUCAACACCAACGAUAGUUACGACAAGUGUUUCCUGGGUUCAUCAGAGACAGCAGAUGCUAACAGGGUGUUCUGCGGUCAGCUGGGGGCCAUUUACGUUUUCAGUGAAGCUCUCAACCCAGCUCAGAUUUUUGCUAUUCACCAGCUCGGCCCAGGAUACAAGAGCACUUUCAAGUUCAAGUCCGAGAGCGACAUCCACUUGGCUGAGCACCACAAGCAGGUGUUGUAUGACGGAAAGCUGGCCAGCUCCAUCUCUUUCACCUACAACGCCAAGGCAACGGAUGCCCAGCUCUGCCUGGAGUCGUCGCCCAGGGAAAACCCUUCCAUCUUUGUCCACUCACCGCACGCACUCAUGCUACAGGAUGUGAAGGCUAUUGUUACCCACUCCAUCCACAGUGCCAUUCACUCUAUAGGAGGCAUACAGGUCCUGUUCCCUCUCUUUGCACAGCUGGACUACAAGCAGCUCAAUGACAGCAGCGUGGACACUACUGUCUGUGCUACUCUGCUGGCAUUCCUGGUGGAGCUGCUGAAAAGCUCAGUGGCCAUGCAGGAGCAAAUGCUGGGCGGUAAAGGCUUUCUGGUGAUCGGAUACCUGCUCGAGAAGUCUUCACGGGUCCACAUCACCAGGGCAGUGCUUGAGCAGUUCCUGUCCUUUGCCAAGUAUCUGGAUGGUUUACCUCAUGGAGCGCCACUCCUCAAACAGCUCUGUGACCAUGUCCUCUUCAACGCUGCCAUCUGGAUACACACCCCCGCCAAGGUCCAGCUGUCCCUGUACACAUACCUGUCAUCUGAGUUCAUCGGCACUGCCACCAUCUACACCACCAUUCGCCGCAUCGGCACCGUCCUGCAGCUGAUGCACACUCUGAAGUACUACUACUGGGCAAUCAACCCCCUGGAGUGCAGUGGAAUCACCCCCAAAGGUCUUGAUGGACCACGACCGUCCCAAAAGGAGAUCAUCUCACUCAGAGCCUUCAUGCUCCUCUUCCUCAAACAACUCAUACUCAAGGACCGGGGCGUGAAGGAGGACGAGCUGCAGAGCAUUCUCAACUAUCUACUGACCAUGCAUGAGGAUGAGAAUAUUCACGACGUGCUCCAGCUGUUAGUGGCCCUUAUGUCUGAACACCCGGCGUCCAUGAUCCCCGCAUUUGACCAGAGAAACGGCAUAAGGGUAAUCUGCAAGCUCCUGGCCUCUAAGAGUGAGAGUAUCCGGGUCCAGGCACUCAAAGUUCUGGGCUACUUCCUCAAGCACCUUGGUCACAAGAGAAAGGUUGAGAUCAUGCACACACACAGCCUAUUCACGCUGCUGGGAGAGAGGCUGAUGAUGCACACCAACACCGUCUCUAUCACCACCUACAAUACUCUGUACGAGAUUCUGACUGAGCAGGUCUGCACUCAGGUUGUUCACAAACCACACCCAGACCCCGACUCCACUGUCAAGAUCCAGAAUCCCAUGAUUCUGAAAGUGGUGGCCACCUUGCUGAAGAACUCCAGUCCCAGUGUGGAGCUGAUGGAAGUCAGGAGACUUUUUCUUUCUGACAUGAUAAAACUCUUCAGUAACAGCCGCGAGAAUCGCCGCUGCUUGCUGCAGUGCUCCGUGUGGCAGGACUGGAUGUUCUCCCUCGGAUACAUCAACCCCAAGAACCCAGAAGAGCAGAAAAUAACCGAGAUGGUGUACAACAUAUUUAGGAUCCUUCUCUACCAUGCCAUCAAAUACGAAUGGGGAGGAUGGAGGGUCUGGGUGGACACCCUUUCAAUAGCACACUCCAAGGUGACCUAUGAAGCCCAUAAGGAGUAUUUGGCGAAGAUGUAUGAGGAGUACCAGCGACAGGAGGAGGAAAACAUGAAGAAGGGAAAGAAAGGCUCAGUUUCCACCAUCUCCGGCCUCUCUGCCACACCUGCGCCUGUCGUCAAUGGCAACUUGGAGAUCGAUGACAACUCCCAGACGCAGACACCUGAGAGUGAGGCGGAGUACAGCGAGGGGGCCGGCGCAGACUCACGCAACCUCCUCGCAGAAGGCGCGGUGAAGAGACCUAACGGAGAAGCACUUACACCUGGGGAGCAAAGUGCAGGUCCAGGCGUGAGAGUAGAGGUCCAUGACCUUCUGGUAGACAUUAAAGCAGAGAAAGUAGAAGCCACGGAAGUAAAGCUGGAUGACCUGGACCUCUCUCCUGAAGGUCUUGGUGGAAGUGUAGGUGGAGGAGGUGGGGGAGGAAUGGAAAAUGGACCUCUGGUUGAGGUAGAUUCUCUCUUGGACAGUGCUUAUUGCAGUGUGGUUCAGAACCUAAAUGGGAAUCUGGCGCCUAAAGAUGACACAUCUGGUUCGGGGGUUGGAAUGGGGACAAACCUCGGGCUUUCAGGAGUCAGCCUGGAUGAUGAUGGGAACAUGGGUCCCCUCAUCACAUUGGCGGAUGAGAAAGACAGUGUUCCGAGCAACAACGGAUUUCUCUUCAGUAAGGUUGAUGAGAAGUUGCUUCCAGCUUUGGCAGCCACAGACCCCCUUGUACUGCCCAGUCCAGAUCAGCCCACUCCAUCCGGCCCAGCCCCAGCUCACUCCACCACCAGCGCUAGUGAUGACCUCAGCCUGCUGGCCCACAUGACCAGCUGCGGCUCUGAUUUAACACAGACCCAAAGCCACACUACCGGGGAACUUCCAGAGGAUGGGCCCUUCAAGAUCCAAAGCCCUCUUGCUGACAUCAGCUCAAUUGCUGAGGCUGAGAGCCAGACCCAGGGAACCUCUAGACCAGAUUUCCCAGAGGGAGAGGGCACAGCCGGUGCAGACGGAGAGACUGCAGGGCUUAAGACUGGAGGAGAUACAGCCAGCACCACCUCUGACACAGAGAGGUCAGAUGAUGGGAAAGACAAGGACACAAAGAAGAUCCAAACUACUGCAACCACUCAGGCCCUCCACGGUCGCACUGCAGCCCAGUUGGAGAGGGACCUACGCGUUGAUUUGGGUUUCAGGGGUAUGCCCAUGACAGAGGAGCAGCGGCGUCAGUUCAGCCCAGGCCCGCGUACGACCAUGUUCCGAAUCCCAGAAUUCAAAUGGUCUCCAAUGCACCAGAGGUUGCUCACUGACCUGCUGUUUGCCCUGGAGACAGAUGUGCAUGUGUGGAGGAGCCACUCCACGAAGUCGGUGAUGGACUUUGUGAACAGCAAUGAAAACAUCAUCUUUGUCCACAACACGAUCCACCUCAUUUCUCAGAUGGUGGACAACAUCAUCAUUGCCUGUGGAGGCAUUCUGCCUCUCCUGUCUGCUGCCACCUCCCCUUCCGUAAGUGGCUCUUCUACGGAGUUGGAGAACAUCGAGGCGACGCAGGGGAUGUCUUCAGAGACGGCCGUCACUUUCCUCUCUCGUCUCAUGGCCAUGGUGGACGUGCUGGUGUUUGCCAGCUCCCUCAACUUCAGUGAGAUUGAAGCGGAGAAGAACAUGUCGUCAGGAGGACUGAUGAGGCAGUGCCUCCGCCUCGUAUGUUGUGUGGCGGUUAGGAACUGCCUGGAGUGCAGGCAGAGACAGAGAGAUCGGAGUUGCAAGUCCUCCUUAACCAGCAGCAAGUCACAGGACAGCCUCCACAGUGCCUCCACCGCCAGCAAGCAGGAUCCAGACAGACUUCUCCAGGAUGUAGACAUUAAUCGUCUCCGAGCUGUGGUUUUCAGAGAUGUGGAUGACAGUAAGCAGGCUCAGUUUCUGGCGCUGGCAGUUGUUUACUUUAUCUCAGUUCUCAUGGUUUCGAAGUACCGGGACAUUUUGGAACCCCAGCGAGAGAUUGGCAGAUCUACCAGCUUAUCCGGGAGAAGCAUCCGCCACGAGAUUAACUCUCCAACCAGUACAGAACAUCCAUCCACAGCCUUCUCCGACCGCGACAAACAGACCCCCACCCCUGUGGAUGACUCCCCUCGUGCCGGCCUUCCACACACAGACUCGGGCAUUGGAGAAGAGGGCCAUGUGAGCGGAUCGCUAAACGGUUCGGAGAUGGGUCUUGGACUCGGGCUGGGCCUGGUGGGGAGAGAGACGGAUAAAGACAGAGACAGAGACAUCGGAGGAGGAAGUGGGGGAGGAGGCACAGAUCUGUUAUGCAGUCUGUCAUCUGAUGUUAGAAGGUCACAGGAGAGCCUUUUGGAUUCUCCCCAUAACCCCGGCUCCACCCCCAACGCUAGUCAAGCCCCGCCUUCGUCCAUCUCCAGCAUCAGUCAAACAAACAAAGGCAUCAAUGUCAAGGAAAUCCUGAAGAGCCUGGUGGCAGCUCCCGUUGAUGGAGGGGACUUGGGACAGGAGUCUGGGCCAACUCCCUAUCACCCAGACCCUGCCUUGAAGACGCACCCCAUGCUGCCCAUGCAGUUCCACUCCUUCGACAGGAGUGUCGUGGUUCCAGUCAAAAAGCCUCCACCCGGCAGCCUGUCAGUCAACACUGUGGGCACGCCCACCACUAGCGGAGGAGCCUCAGCUGGCAGCACACCCAACAUUUUUGCUGCUGCAACAGCAACACCCAAGAGCAUGAUCAACACCACAGGUGCCGCAGAUUCGGCCUCCUCAUCCUCAUCUUCCUCUUCAUCUUUUGUCAAUGGUGCAACUAGUAAGAAUCUGCCAGCGGUGCAGACAGUGGCACCCAUGCCAGAAGACACCAUGGAGAAUAUGAGUAUCACCACAAAGCUGGAGCGCGCUUUGGAGAAGGUGGCCCCUUUGCUCAGGGAGAUAUUUGUGGACUUUGCUCCGUUCCUGUCCAGGACGCUGCUGGGUAGCCAUGGGCAGGAGCUGCUCAUAGAAGGUCUGGUCUGUAUGAAGUCUAGCACGUCUGUGGUGGAGCUCGUAAUGCUGCUCUGUUCUCAGGAGUGGCAGAACUCCAUUCAGAAGAAUGCUGGACUCGCUUUCAUUGAGCUUAUCAAUGAGGGAAGACUCCUGUGCCAUGCCAUGAAGGAUCAUAUUGUGCGCGUUGCGAAUGAAGCAGAGUUCAUCCUGAACAGACAGAGGGCUGAGGAUGUACACAAACAUGCUGAAUUUGAGUCUAACUGUGCGCAGUACGCUGCAGACCGAAGGGAGGAGGAGAAAAUGUGUGAUCACCUCAUCAGCGCCGCUAAGCACAGAGAUCAUGUGACUGCUAACCAGCUGAAACAGAAGAUCCUCAACAUCCUGACCAAUAAGCACGGAGCAUGGGGAACCAUGUCACAGAGCCAAUUACACGACUUCUGGCGUCUAGACUACUGGGAGGACGACCUCAGGAGGAGACGGAGAUUCGUGCGAAAUGCCUUUGGAUCUACUCACGCCGACAUGCCGCUCAAAGCUCUCGAUGAGUACAGUACAGAAGACGAGGAGAAGGGACUCAAAAAAAAGAAUUUCCGGAGUCAGUCGGUGGUCACCCAAAACCCGGAGGCAGAGCUCAUGCUGGAGGGAGACGAUGACGCUGUUAGUCUGCUGCAGGAAAAAGAGAUCGAUAACCUCGCUGGUCCGGUGGUUCUGAGUACUCCAGCUCAGUUGGUAGCACCAGUGGUGGUGGCUCGAGGCACUCUGUCCAUCACUACUACUGAGAUCUACUUUGAGGUGGAUGAAGAAGAUACUGCGUUUAAGAAGAUGGACCCUAAAGUGCUUGCCUACUCUGAGGGUUUGCAUGGCAAAUGGAUGUUCAGUGAGAUCCGAGCUGUGUUCUCCAGACGAUACCUGCUACAGAACACUGGACUAGAAGUCUUCAUGGCCAACAGAACAUCUGUGAUGUUUAACUUCCCCGACCAGGCCACCGUUAAACGGGUUGUCUACAGUCUCCCGCGGGUCGGUGUAGGAACGAGUUACGGUCUGCCACAGGCCAGGCGGAUUUCCUUGGCUACUCCUCGCCAGCUGUUCAAGUCAUCCAACAUGACGCAGCGCUGGCAGCGGAGAGAGAUCUCUAACUUUGAGUACCUCAUGUUCCUCAACACUAUUGCAGGGAGGACCUAUAAUGAUUUGAACCAGUACCCUGUCUUCCCUUGGGUCUUGACCAACUAUGAUUCAGAGGAGCUCGAUCUCACACUACCGGGCAACUUCAGAGACCUUUCCAAGCCAAUCGGUGCCCUGAAUCCCAAACGAGCAGCAUUUUAUGCUGAGCGCUACGAGACAUGGGAUGACGACAGCGCACCUCCUCACCACUACACAACCUUAUACUCCACAGCUCAUUCAACACUGAUGUGGAUGCUCAGAAUAGAGCCCUUUACCACAUUUUUCCUCAGCGCUAAUGAUGGUAAGUUCGACCAUCCAGAGAGAGCCUUUUCUGGCAUCGGUCGCUCGUGGAGGAACUGCCAGAGGGACACGGCUGAUGUGAAGGAGCUGAUCCCAGAGUUCUACUACUUGCCCGAGAUGUUCGUCAACAGUAAUGAAUAUGAGCUCGGGAUGCGCGAAGAUGCAGUUCCUGUAAGUGAUGUGGAGCUUCCCGUCUGGGCCAAGAAACCCGAGGAUUUUGUUCGCAUUAACCGCAUGGCAUUGGAGAGCGAGUUCGUGUCGUGCCAGCUUCACCAGUGGAUUGAUCUAAUAUUUGGCUACAAGCAGCGAGGGCCAGAAGCGGUGCGAGCUCUCAAUGUGUUCAACUUCUUAUCCUACGAGGGAGCAGUCAACCUAGACAAUCUAGAUGCUGUACAGCGUGAGCUGAUUGAGGCCCAGAUUCAGCUUAGUGGUCAGGUGCCCUCCCAGCUGCUGAUCGAGCCACACCCACCUCGGUCCUCCGCCAUGCACCUGUGUUUCCUUCCCCAGAGCCCUCUGAUGUUUAAGGAUCAGAUGCAGCAGGAUGUCAUCAUGGUGCUCAAGUUUCCCUCCAACUCUCCCGUGACACACGUCGCGGCCAACACGCUCCCCCACCUCAGCAUACCAGCAGCCGUGACGGUCACAUGUAGCCGGCUGUUCGCCGUAAACCGCUGGCACAACACUGUCGGCCUCCGUGGAGCUCCAGGAUACUCCCUAGAACAAGCUCAUCAUCUGCCCAUUGAGAUGGACCCUCUCAUUGCAAACAACUCAGGCGUGAACAAGCGUCAGAUCACUGACCUGGUGGACCAGAGCAUCCAAAUUAACACACACUGUUUUGUGGUUACUGCUGAUAACCGUUACAUCCUUGUCUGCGGCUUCUGGGACAAGAGCUUCCGCGUUUACUCCACAGAAACUGGAAAGCUGACCCAGAUAGUUUUUGGCCACUGGGAUGUGGUGACGUGUCUGGCUAGGUCAGAGUCUUACAUUGGAGGAGACUGCUACAUCGUGUCAGGAUCCAGAGAUGCCACUCUUCUUCUGUGGUACUGGAGUGGGCGGCACCAUAUUAUAGGGGACAACCCUAACAACAGUGACUAUCCUGCUCCCAGAGCAGUACUGACAGGACAUGACCACGAGGUGGUGUGUGUGUCCGUCUGCGCGGAGCUGGGAUUGGUUAUUAGUGGAGCCAAAGAGGGCCCGUGCCUCGUCCACACUAUCACAGGGGACCUGCUCAGAGCCCUGGAGGGUCCAGAGCUGUGCCAGCAGCCACGCCUCAUCUCGGUGUCUAGCGAGGGACACUGCAUCAUCUACUAUGAGAGAGGCCGCUUCUGCAACUUCAGCAUAAAUGGAAAACUGCUGGCACAAAUGGAGGUCAACGAUUCGACGCGGGCAAUCCUGCUAAGUAGUGACGGGCAGAAUUUGGUGACAGGAGGCGAUAAUGGAGUUGUUGAGGUGUGGCAGGCGUGUGACUUCAAACAGCUUUACAUCUAUCCGGGCUGUGAUGCCGGAAUCCGUGCCAUGGACCUAUCACACGACCAGAGGACUUUGAUCACUGGCAUGGCGUCUGGCAGCAUUGUGGCAUUCAACAUAGACUUCAACCGCUGGCACUACGAACACCAGAACAGGUACUGAGGACAGUGCGAGGAAGAGGACGAUGAAGGGAGGCGAGGAGGUGAUGCAUUCUGCUGUGUAUCUGCAGCACAGGGGAAACUACAGGUUCAGAGACGAUGGAAAAACAAGUACCGGACCUUAGGCUGUAUUCCCUUGUGAAGUUCACUUGAUUUUAGGAUGCGACGGCGCUGGUGGAAACUGCUUCCUCUGUGCAUACGUGUAUGUACGCGCACACACACGUGUGUAACCACAGACACUUAAUACCCAGAAGAUACACACCAAAACCUGCUAAUAGAAUAAGAAGACUGCAGAGUGGGGAGGGGGAGGCAAGGUGAGCAGAUAUUGUAGAGGUCUUUCAUACCUGUACCACUCACAGGACUGGUACAUUUGCUGUUCCUCAAAGAAAUCCUAGGUUUUCUUUUCUUUUCUUUUGGCUAUGUUUAACAUUUUGUUUUUUACUUUUCAUUUGAGGAGAUGCCAGCACAUCGCUUAUUGGGUGGAUAAUUAAUGAAAUAUGUAUCUAAAGUGUUAAUAAAUGGUCAGAAAUGAACCAGCUCUACCCAUUGUUCAAAAACAGGUGCUAUUGGCUUGAUCUUAAAUUCACCCUUGAAAAUUCGCUGGAAGGUCUAAUUUUUUAAAAUUGUUGAAUCUUGUUUAAUUUCACCUGUUUUAUUCUU